AGGUUUUUUUUUGUGCAACCCCUUGACUUAACGAAAAAAAAAAAAAAAGCUAUGUGUGUAUACCCUGCCUACACUGUAUUGCCAAAAGUAUUGGAACAACCCUCCAAAUCAUUAGAUUCAGGUGUUCCAAUCACCCCCAUGGCCACCUAGGCAUGCAGACUACUUCUACAAACAUUUGUGAAAGAAUGGGUCGCUCUCAGGAGCUCAGUGAAUUCAGGUGUGGUCCCGUGAUAGAUUGCCACCUGUGCAAUAAGUCCAUCCGUGACAUUUCCUUGCUACUAAAUAUUCCAUGGUCAACUGUUAAUGGUAUUAUAACAAAGUGGAAGCAACUGGGAACAACAGUAACUCAGCCAUGAAGUGAUAGGCCACAUAAAAUGACAGAGCGGGGUCAGCGCAUGCUGGAGUGCACAGUGUGCAGAAGUCGCCAACUCUCUGCAAAGUCAAUAG